AUGAGGUGGUGUACUGGUGUGCGCCCAAAUGAUUAUACUUUCUCUGCAGUAUUGCCUGCUUGUGGAGAGGGUAUGAUUGUUGUUCAUGGGGAACGGAUGCAUUGUUUGAUUCGGAAUCAUGGGUUUGAGACUGAUUUGUUUGUUGGGACAGAUAGGGUUCUUGAUGAUAUGCCUGAAAGAAACCUUGUUUCUUGGAAUUCUGUGAUUGUUGGGUUCUUGCAAAACAAGUUAUGUGAUAUGGCAAUUGGGAUUUUCAAGGAGGUAAUGGGGGAGGCAUCUAUUAGUCCUAAUCAAGUGAGUUUUUCAAGUGUGUUGAGUGCUUGUGCUACUGUUGGGACAUUGGAAUGUGGGAGACAAGUUCAUGGGGUUGCCAUUAAGCAUGGUUUGGUAACUUUAGCUUAUGUGAGGAAUUCAUUAAUGGACAUGUACAGUAAAUGUGGAGGCUGCGACACUGUUUGA